GAUGUUUUGAACAAGACAUCACCCCGAGUUACAGCAUCUAGCAAAGAACCCGCUAUUUGCUUUGGAAUUGGUAGAUGUGGGACAUGGAGAGCUCUUCCGCGCGCUGCUCGGCCAUCCUCCAGUGCCCGCCUGUCCAUGUAGCCUCCACCAAGCACAGCUGAUUGCUACUUGAUCUGGUAUUUCGUCAGGCGGCGUGAGUGAUGGGGACCAUGCUGGUAGCCCGGCUCUCGGAACCUUCCCGAGUCAGAAGUUUAUAUCUAACUCUCCAUGUAUAUUUCUAUUUAAUCGAUUGAAUUGCUACUUUUGUUGAUACUUAUAGGAUCUUGUCACAUCUUUUGCACUCUUCAUCCUGCGCCUGUUGUACGGAAUAGAAUAGCUAGCCCACCACCCGAGAAGGCGACGGCAACCCCUACGCAGCCCACCAAUUGGCUGACCUAUUGGGAUUUUUAUUGAUUAUCUGUAUUGACCUUGUCUUCUCUGCUCUUCUUCUAAGAACAUAUUGACUUCAUCGACCACCAUGGCCUCGCGCCUCCUCUGCCGCUCACUCUUGGGCUGCUCACGUCGCCAAGCCCCCACAAGGAGAACAGCCGCGGUACGGCAAUGUCUACAAGAGCGAUCAUUCUCUGCCUCCCCGUCAAGUAGAAUCAUGGAACUCAGCUGCUUCUCGCAAAACCAACUAAUGGUCCGAGAUGCUAUAGCGAAGAUCUGCUCUAACUUUCCCGAUGAAUACUGGGCUGCGCGCGACGAAUCAGGCGAAUACCCUCAUGAACUGCACGCGGCAUUGGCCAAGGAUGGCUGGAUUGGAAUUGCUCUUCCCGAGGAACUGGGCGGAGCUGGCCUUGGCAUAUCAGAAGCGACGAUGAUGUUACAGACGAUUGCACAGAGCGGUGCCGGUCUCGCUGGUGCGCAAUCGAUUCACGCAAAUGUUUACGCUACUCAGCCCGUUGCCAAGUUCGCGACAGAAGAGCAAAAACAGCGGAUGUUGCCCAGGUUGAUCGCCGGGGACUACAGAGUUUGUUUUGGAGUCACAGAACCAAAUACGGGGCUUGAGACGCUGAAACUCCGCACGGAGGCGAUUAGGGAUGGUGACUCGUACAGGGUAUCUGGACAAAAAAUCUGGAUAUCUUCCGCCCAAGUCGCCAAGCGAAUGGUCCUCCUCGCCCGCACCACGCCGCUUGAGGAAGUCAAGAAGCCAUCCGAGGGCCUCUCGCUUUUCUUCAUUGACUUCGACAAGGAUGCGUCGGGCCUGGGCCUGCGCAGGAUUAAGAAGAUGGGCGGCCGCGCCGUUGACGCGAAUGAGGUCUUCUUCGACAACUACCGCAUCCCUGCGGAUUCCCUCAUCGGCGAAGAGGGCGACGGUUUUAAAAUCGUCCUCCACGGCAUGAACGCCGAACGCUGCCUCCUCGCGGGCGAAGCGCUGGGACUGGGUUACAUCGCACUCGAAAAGGCCGCCAAAUACGCCAAGGAGCGCGUCGUCUUCGGCCGGCCCAUCGGGCAGAACCAAGGCAUCGCCCACCCGCUCGCGGACGCCUAUAUGAAUCUCGAAGCGGCGAAACUGGCCACGUACCAUGCCGCGAGGCUGUACGAUGCUAGCAAGACUGAUAAGUCGAUUACGCAGAAGGCGGUUGGAGUUGCGUGUAAUUUGGCGAAGUAUCUUGCGGCGGAGGCAGCGUUUACGGCGUGUGAGAGGGCGGUGCUCGCGCAUGGUGGGAUGGGUUAUGCACAAGAGUAUCAUGUUGAGCGAUAUCUGAGGGAAUGUUUCGUGCCGCGGAUUGCGCCUGUCAGUCGAGAGAUGAUUAUGAACUAUGUCAGUGAGAAGGUGCUGGACCUGCCUCGUAGUUACUAGAUAAUUUGAGGGAUUUUUCCAUUUUCUUCGUUGCCGGUUGAGAGUGACGACAUAGCAGUGCAAUAAUGGGAAUGGGGAAGGAUUGUCAUAGAGUUUUUUUUAUCCCUGAUUUUUCCCCCGUUUAAAUUUCGUCUGGUUAUAUUUUCCCAUACCAAGGUAUCCAUAUUGCUCUAUGAUUGGAUAGAUGGAGUUGGAAUAACCCUUUGCCACUGUUUAUAUAAAUAGUAUAACACUCAUUGUUGGUUUGAAGAUAUAUUUCAUCAUUGCUUUCAUCAUAGUUAACCUCUGAACAGCUCUACAUAAUCUGACCUGUGUAUGUGGGUUAAAGGUAGAAGCUUUGAUAGUUUUUAUUGUGUAGUUAUUUAUUUGGCUAGUUAUUUAACUGGUUAGUUAGUUAUAGUUAUUUAUUUCAUGUACAUAAGUUAGCUAGUUUGCUGGAACUAGUUCACAAAUAUUCAUAUUGCUCUCACAUGCUAGCUCUUGGUUGUGUGCUGGCUGGCCCCUUUUGACCAUAUCUGGGGGGGGAAUGAAAUACACAGACAAAUAAUUAUUAUUUUUGUCAAAAGAUUGAUCAGUUGUUUAAGUAUUUUAUUUAUAUUUUAUAAAUUU